ACAAAUGCCUCGCCGUUGCAGUUCCUCCUCCGGGCCACACGGGGUGGUGUACAUUAAGCAUCGAGUUAAACUCGGGAGUUGUUGGUAUGCUGUUGAAUUUGUACCGCGAGUUUUUGUUUAUUUCAGCUCAUGUGCCAAACAACACUGUUUAAGUCGUGUUUCUGUCUGACAGACCUUAGUUUUGUAGGAUUUUCUUACUCGGUCACUCAGUUGAAACAGCUGUGGUCGAAAGUUUCUCCGGAAGAAAAUGUCUGAUGAUAAAGAUGAGACUCAGCAGAGGUUAAAGGCAGCAAUCCAUUUCACCGUUGGUCGCCUGUGCCAGAUGACGGGAGAGGACAACCGGAGAGGGUUCAGCCGACAAGCUGUAGCAGCGAUAGCCGAGACAGCGUUCAGACAAUGCGAUGUAUUUGCUAAAGACUUGGAGGCCUUUGCAAGACAUGCUAAAAGAAGCACAGUGAAUUCAGAUGAUGUGAAGCUCAUAGCCCGUCGCAGUACAGCAUUGUCCAUCCACAUACAAAAGAAAACUGAAGAACUGAACCAGGAAAAGAAGAGUACUGGGAAGAGGAAAAGCAGAGACACUGAGGAGGAGAGCAAAGAAUAAGGAAAGGACACAGGCAGCCCUGCAGUGUCUCACUUCUGCCCAACAUUCAAAAUAAACUUGAAGGCUAUUAGCAAUAAUUUAAGUGUCAAGGCUGUCAUUUAAUGUUAUGGGGACUCUACACUUAAGGCAUUUUAUAAAUAACUUAUCUGUCCUGUGACAAAAUUAAAUGUGUGCAUUUGGCAGAACUCUGCUUAACGAUG